UGCCCUGCCCUGCCCUGCCCUUCCCUUCAAGUAAAAAACAAAGCCAUAUCCCACUUACCUUUCAGUCUCAUAAUAUAAAUAUAUACUAAACAAAGCCAUGUGUUCAAAACGCACCUUGCCGGCCCCAAUACCCACAAAACAGACGCCGAGUUAUUGUUUUAUUUCUUCCUGCUUUCUUGUUUAGAUCGGUACAGGAAGUUCUUUUGGUAGAGGCCUAAGUUAUUGUAUCUUUGCUUACAAAAUCUCCGGGCCUGUUGAGAAAAAAUGAAGAAUGUUUCUAGAAAUAAGUUUCUGCUUUGUUUUAGGCCUGUCGUUGACAUGGAAUUUGUGCUUGAGACAGAAGAGGGUAUUGAUCGCUCCACAAAAAACCAAACUUUAAAGUAUAUCGCAGCUGAAAACGAGUAUUCGGCUUCAGAAAAUGAUCAGUGUUCACAGAUUUCUAAGAAUUCCAUGGUGAUUCGUCAUCCUUUACAGCGAACUUUCUCUAAGGCUAAGAGAGUUCAUGUUGGAAAAAAAUUGAGCCCAAGUUGUAGUUUUUGGAUGCAAAAGUCAAUGGAUUCAGGAGAUGAUGAAUCAGUGAAGCGCUCUAAUUUGCAGGAAAUCAAAACCAAUCAAGUUUCGCUUUCUCAAUCAUCAGUUGGUUCAUCUUCGUCGUCUUGUUCAAUGAGCAUUUCACUAUCAGAACCAAAGAGACAAAAGCAGAACAAAAACAACAACAGUCUGGCGAAGCCAAGUAAAAAGGACUACAUGGGUAGUUCUUCAAGUUUAAACUACGCCAUAAUCUUGCUACUGUUAAGUAUUAGUUUUACAAUUUUAUGGGGCCGGCUUUGCGCAAUACUUAUCACAUCAAUCUGGCUCUAUUUUGUUCCUAGACAAAGUGGUUGUAGGCGUGAUGAUGAAGAAGUUAGAAAGUUGAGCCAAAGAGAUUACAAGAAGAAGAUCAUAAUGGAAGGGGCUGCUAGAAAAGAACCACCAAGAGAGGUGCAUUAAAUUUUUUACGUGAAAAUUCUCUUUUUCGUGUUAGAUGCAAACUUUCAGAACUUAUUCUCUGCCUGUAAAUUAAUUGAAAGCUAUAUCAGAGUACACAAAAGGGACCAACAAACGCAAGUGUCUUGUGUUUUCUGCAGCUUCCAGUAGAGAAAUUAAGAAACUUUUUCUCUCUUAUAUAAUCUUUCAAUUUCCCAAUUGGAUGGAUUUAUUUGGAGAAGAUCAAAAACAGUCUACACAGUUUCAGACCUUACCUUACAAGGUCUAUAUAUUCCAUUAAGUAGCUAUUUGCUGUCCACUCAUCUUAACUUAAAUGGUGACUAUACAUUUUGUUCUUGUUUCUA